AUGAAGUGCAUUGUAGUGUGGUUUGUUGGUGCGUGCGUACUAGCACUGGUCGGUGCACGGCCAGAAGGCUAUAACUACUACACGCCCCAUGGUUCUAGUGGUGGAGCCGGAUCGGCAUCCUCUAGUGCGAGUUUAGUGUUUUCUGCCGGAUCUUCUGCCGGAUCGUCAGGAUCGUCCGGAUCUUUCGGAUCACUGGGAUCACUCGGGGCUUCUUCUUCGGCGCACUCGAUCGACGACUGCGACGAACCGGAACUGCACACUCAGGAACAUUUAAACACUCACGUGGAAUACUUUGCCCCACACACCACGAGCCAUUCGUCGCAGGCGCAGUCCACCUUCCAGGGUGCUUCCUUGGCCCGCCAACCCGAGUUCCCCACGGUACAGCAAGUGUCGAUUGGUAGUUCCAGUGGAGGACAUUAUCACUAUCAGCAACAGCAGCAACAGCACCAGGAACAGCAACAUGUUGUACAGCAGCAGGUACAUCAUCACGUCGAACCUCAGAUCGAGUACUUCUCCAAUGUGCACCAGCACGCGCAGCUGGGCCACCAUCACCACCAUGAGGCCCCGAAAGUCCACUACGUACAGCAGCCAGUGAUCAAGGAGGAAGUGCACAAGCACGUGUACGUGCACGUUGCGCCCGAAGAGAAGGAAGAGAUCCACCAGAAGGUGGUACUGCCGACCUACACCAAACAGAAGCACUACAAGAUCAUCUUCAUCAAGGCACCGACCGCACCGACACCGAGCAAGGUCGUCCUUCCGCAGCAGCCAGUCAACGAGGAGAAAACGCUCGUCUACGUCCUGCACAAGAAGCCUGAACUGGAGCAGGAGAUUGUCGUACCACCGCCAGCGAAGGCCAAGACCCACAAGCCCGAGGUGUACUUCAUCAAGUACAAGACGGAGAAGAAAUUGCAGCACCACGAGGAGGAACACCAUCACGAAUCGUUCGCCAGCUUCGGUGGUAGCAGCACCGCGAGUAGCGUUGGUUAUGAGGCAUCCGAUCUGGCCGGGUUUUCCGGCGGAGUGGUAAGCUCCAGCUUCGCCCCGAUCGUCGUCACGGAAGGUGCGUACCAGUACAGUACGACGGCCGCACCGGUCCAGCCUGUCAAAGUCAUUGCGGCCAUCCCUUCGACGAGCUACGUUAGCAGCACGGUCCGUCCUCUCACCAGUAGCCGCAAUAGUCAGGACAUUAGAGUGUCGAACGUAGGAUUGUCUGGAUUCUCGACCGGCUCAACGGGUUCAUCCUCUAGCGCCUUGUUGUCGUCCUCUUCCUCUUCCUCUUCCUCAUCGUCCUCCUCCUCAGGGGGCUCUUCGCGUGGCCGGCAGCGUGGCACCGGAAAGCCGUGCGGAGGAUGCAGCAAAAAGAACAGCGGCCAGCUCAAUGUCGGUGGCACUCUGGAUGCGUUCGUGUCGAACGUCUUCUGA